CGUGAUGGCACACGAGAUACAUUUAAAGAACAAAAAUUACCGACAGUGGGUCAAGGCAGGCCUAGGCUUAAAUUAUCUGAAAGAAGGACUAGCACCAUUUUGCGAUGACAUAGGAACACUUCAGCAAAAAGAUAUUAUAAACCAAAUUCAAGGAACAAAGACUCCUAAACCUAAUGUACCAUGUGGCGUAUGUCAGAUAACAACUCUCCAGCCAGAUCAUGUUCGAGUCUCAAAAGGAAUAUGUCCACUCAAGCAAGACAAAUGUAACUGUUGCUUUCCAAAUAAUAAGAAACCAUGUCCAAACAACAUAUGUGGUGCCAUCUAUGAUAGCAUUGUACAGAAUCAUGCAUCAAUACCACCGGAACCUUUUUGGAAAAACAGUGAUGCCCAUUAUUGGUUUACUGAGCCUUGGAGCAUAUGCAAAUGUUUUAUACAUGCUCCUGGGUACAAGGACAAGACAUCAGCAGCCGACGUUGACUGCUCGGGGUUACUACAUGUUAUCAUAAAUAACAAAUAUUUUCAUAAUCAUAUUGGAUGCAAUGUAACAGGACCAAACAAUCUUUUCGCAAAGGUCAGACAGUAUAGAAAUGAAAUUUUUCACUCAAGCAGUAUGGAGUUAGAGGAAACAGAGGCAAAUUCUUACAUUGAAGAUAUGAUAUCAGUUCUACAAGAUGGAAAGGAGCUUAUACACCAUCAGGCUGCUCAACUAGCUGUCGGGAAACUACACGAUCUGAAGAAGAAGGACUUCAUAAUUACUUCUGACGGCUAUGAAGAAGUUCUGAGGCAAAUCAAAGAAGAAAUGACGAAAGUUCUGAAAACAACAGAAAAUGCUGCAACUAAAGAUCAAUAUUUCGAGCUUACAAAUAAGUUAUCUGACCUUGAGACACAGAUUGCCCAAGAAAAAGAGGAGAAACAAAGACUCAAGGUACAAGAUUCUUCUCAACAAAAACAGCUAGAGUAUGAAAAAACUAAAUCAGAACUUCAAGGCGACCUGAUUAAAUUCUACAGAAAAAGGUGUAGUUCAAUACCUCUGUCACCGCUUCUUGAAGAAAUAGAGACACCUCUAGCUGGGUUCUACGUGAUGCCAGAUAUAGUCACUGUAAAAAAGAAGUCCCUAACUUGUCAUGAAGAGGAGAGAACACCGAUCAAGUCUUUGAAAGACCUGUUUUCAACCGGAAGUGGAGAUCAGCAAGAAAUUUAUCUAUCAGCUGAUGCAGGCUUUGGAAAAACUGCUUUCUCAAAAUAUCUUGCAGUCACGUGGUGUCAAGCUCAUUGUCACGAUGAAGACUACGCCUGCUUUAAAGAUGACGAGUUAAAAACGUUAUUUGACUUUAAGUUCUUAUUUUUGGUUUUAUUAAGAGACUGUACCACUGUUUGCAACAUUGACGAAAUGAUUGAACAGCAACUAACUAAGAAACUGCCUUCUUCUGCAUCAAUACAUGAAGUUUUACGUAGGGAAAAAUGCUUGAUUAUAUUGGAUGGUCUUGAUGAAUGGACUCACCCUGAUAAUAGCUGUAGCGAAGUAACAGAAAACAUCCCACAUCGGUACGUACGUGAUAAUUGUGUUAUCCUAACUACAACUCGACCGUGGAAGCUCGGAGAUGCAAAUCUCAAAACAAGUCAAAUAAACAAAAAAGUAGAAUUGGUUCAAUUAAGUGCAGAUUCUACGCGGAAACUAGAAGAAAAUGCUAUAAGAAAAAUGACCGGUGUCCGUGACGAUAGAGUACUGAAGAGUAAAAGACAUGAUUUUGAUAAAGUGAUAUGUGACCGUCACCUAGAAAACAUACAAGUGACUCCACUGCUCCUCAUGUAUAUAGUUUGCCUAUGGUGUAAUAACAUUCCUAUAGGAAAUUCAAAACAUGAAAUUUACACCAAUAUCGUUGAAUUUCUAUUAUCAAGAACGUCAAAGAAACACCCGGAAGUUCAACCAUCUCGUGAAUCGUCUGCCAGUGAAAUUCCAGAAUACUUCAAAAGUCAACAAUUUUGUAAAAAGUUUUACAGUCUUAUAACAUCAUUAGCGGAACUAGCUUACAAAACAUUAUUUAACGAAACAAGAGAAAAUACGCUGGUAUUUGAUAGAACGGUUGCUGAUAUAUAUCUCAAAGCAGACGACAUGAAAUUAAGUUUUUUCUCAGGAAUACUGUCAGAAAGUAGAAGUAAAACUUUAAUUAAAGAAAUUAUUAAAGUAUCGUUUUCUCACAAAACAGUGCAAGAAUUCUUUGCCGCCAUUUUUAUAAGUUCUCAAUGUGAUGCUCAGAAAACUGUUGUAGAAAAAUGCAGAAAUGUUCAAGACAUUCUGGACUUGUCAAACAUUUGUGAAUUUAUAAGUGGAAUGAAUGCUGACCGGAUGUGUGCAAUAUCAAAUGAUUUGAUGUCUGUGAUAAAUGAAGACAAGAUAACACGCGACUAUAGAAUUAGGACAGGUAAAGAAGACAUGUACUUCACUCCAUUGUAUAAUAUAGAAAAAAUGUUCAUGUCCUGUUUACAAGAAAUGCCUGACAGUGAAUUAUAUUUACAAGAUUUCUUCAUUAACCCGUACACCGACCACAGUGAGCAGUUACAACGUUUGUUAAAACAAAAUAAAACCAACAUAAAAUCACUUUAUAUUAACACCAGAAUUACUUCCAGCAGUUUACGUGAACUUAUAGAUUUAUUCUCUCUCACAGAUCUCAGUAAUAUACAGAAACUUUACUAUUGUGGUGUCGAGGUGGAGGCUGAGAUAAACCGGAUAUUGUUUCCCAGUUUACAGUACGUUACUUUGUUGUGGGGUACAUGGACAAAUGAUGAAAACAAUCUGAGUGAAAAUUUAGCGCGAGUACAAAACUUACAAUAUUUAUAUAUUGACGAGUUCACGUUAUCUCACAAAAUCCUGGAAACAUUUUUCAAUUUUAUCUCCGGUCAAAAAUCAAUGAAAGAGUUAAAAUUGGAGACGUUAGACUGUAAAGAACAUGGCCGCCAUGAUUGUAAGAGAUUGAUGAACUUGGACUUGUCUCAACAUUCAACUCUAUCAAUGAUAGACUUGUCGGUGUUACCUUGGAGGCUACAAUUAAAUAUAACAACACCGUCUUUAGUUUAUGUUAAGUUGGAGGACAUCAAUCUAGAUGAAAGUUCAUUGUUACUGUCACGUGACAUGUUAAAUAUUGAACGUGUGGGGUUGAGGGAGAUAGAAAUGUCUGCAGAAAGUUUACAAAACUUUUUUACCGUGCUGGAAAAUCUCCCGCAGUCAGUUACAGUAGUGAUGGGCGCCAUUACACCGGAAACAGAAUAUAAACAUGUUAGAGAAAAUAUUCGGAGUUCACAAACUUUUCAUGUGAUAUACGACGGCUGGUGGGAGACAAUUGAGUUCAAAACAAUAAAACCAAGUAAAGAAUAGACACGGAAAAACAUUGUAAACUUAACUAAAUGAAUUAUUUCAAUGAUUUUAAUUAAUAAAAAAAAUAAAAUAAAUGUGGACACUUAGAAACAAAAUGGCGACUCUUCAAACUUUAAUUAGGACAUUCAUGAGAAUGUACUUCCGUUUUCAAUUAAUAAUUCAAGUGGCAAUUGUUUAUAAAUAAAAACAUUUAAUUAGUAGAAAUAAUUCAAGGAAGUUUUUUACCGAAUUCAAUGGAUAUAAAAGAUGGAUUAGGAUAUGAAAAUAUUUAACAGAAAAUCAGCUCGAGUAAAUCUACAGUGACAAUGAUGAUUAUGCUUCUACUAGAGUCCAAUAUGAAUACUUAACACCUGGUUCCAGGCUUUACAAAAACAUAUCCAAAAGAAAAUUGUUUAAAAACAGUGCAUCACCAAUACCUUGUACAAUCUUUAGUUCCUCGCUGAAACAAAGACAGACCAGCAAACUUUUGCAUCGUUUGUACUUGUUUUCUUCAAGGAGAAUUUACAUCUGUGAAGAAAUUGAAGUUCUUACCAAGGCCGCUGUCAAAUA